CCUCUCUCUCAGUUUGUUUCUAAUAGUGUGAACCGUAUUACGAGCACCGUGACCCUGACUGUGACUUCCAAGAUCCUACAGAGUGGUGUCACUUGUGAGGCGACUAACGUGCACGGAACCAACACCAAGAUGCUCCGGGUCAUGAUUGGCAAAGACACUUCCACUGCGUCCCCUGCUCAUCCCAGUGGAGCGGGGAAGCAGCAGUCAGGCAGCAGUGGGGUGGUGGUGGCCAUCGUCGUCUGUGUUCUCCUGCUCCUCCUGCUGGUCGCUCUGCUGUACUGCCUGCAGAGGAAGGGCAAGCUGCCGUGUGGACGACAAGAGAAGAAGGAAGUGUUGAACGCGGAGACCAACACCAACGACAUCGUCGUGGAGAUGAAGUCUGACAAGGCCAACGAGGAGGCGGGGCUGCUGGAGCCCAGCGGCAGGCGGCCAACCGCGGCGCAGUGACGCCACCAGGGGGCGCCCGUGCCAUGUGACAGGCCGACGUUCGGAGGACGAGGACUAAACGACGAGGACGCCUGGACGUGACGCCGAUCUGUAAAAAGACUGGGAGCGACGACGCAAAGCCUUCUGGGAUACUGUGACGUCAGGGUUUCUGGGGGGUGGGGGGGGCACCUCUUGGUUCAGGAAGAAGUGCAUGCUGGGUAACGGGGCGUCGCCGAUCCCACCUUGCUGGUGAGAGGGCUGCUUGUUGACGAGACUGUUUUUUUAACUGUUUUCCUCCUCCUCCUGUUUCACUCGUUCAGCCAGCGUCGCAGGGAACAGGGAGGGAGAGCCGAGGGGAAGUGGGAACGGUCGUUCUCAGAACGUUCUCAUUUCGUUUUUUAAGUUGUUGUUGUUUGUUUGUUGUUAUUGUUGUUGUUUUUCUGUAACCUGUCAAUCCAAAACUACAACCAAGGGUUCAAAAAUUCCCUUUCCCACAUUUUCUUUUUCAAGUUGUUUGGCUCCUUUUGGUCUUCCCAAAAUCAGGCUGCUCCAGGCUCAUUUUCCAGAUAAAGUAAUUUGGUCCUGGCAGGUUCUGCUUUUAGAUUGUCAUUCUUUUCUAUAUAUUCAAUUUAUAGCUGGGAUUUUCUGUAUAUAUAGCCAGAUCUGCAUCUCUAACAGCGUGUACAGUAUCUAUACAUCCGCCUGACUGUCUUUACCUGUAACACUGACACAGAUCACAUCCACAGCACUCUUCCAGGAUAAUCAAUUGUUUUUGAUUGACGGGUUCUCAGAGGCGAUCAGCUCUGUGGUUUUCUGACUAGUGUAGGAGAACACGGCUGUUAUUUAUGAUGCUGAGGAAAUAAAGGUGAUCGUUUUUUUUACUACUGUAUUUGAGGCUCUGUUCUGCUCCUUGUACGCUGUAGUCUGUGCUCUGCAGUGAAGAGGGGAGAGAGGGGGCUCUUUGUUUCUCUGUGUUGUCGGUGUGUCUCCGUGGUUCUGUGAGUGUGCGUGCACCUGCACGGCGCGUGUGUCUGUGUGUGCGUGACCUGUACUCUUGACUGUAUAGAAUUGGAUUAAUACAGACAAAAGAAACCUUGAA